GUGUUUUGUAGGUUGAGAUAAAAAUGAAGAAGCCAGAGGCCGUCAGAUGGGAGAAGCUGGAGGGCCAGGGAGAUUCUCCAAAGUUAAAGCAAUUUACACCAGAUACACAGCACUUAUAUCCAUCAUCCUCUCACUAUACGAGGAACUGGGACAAACUGGUAGUUGAAAUCAAAGAAGAGGAGAAGAAUGAGAAGUUAGAAGGAGAUGCUGCUUUAAAUAAACUCUUCCAGCAAAUUUAUUCAGAUGGUACAGAUGAAGUCAAACGUGCCAUGAACAAAUCAUUUAUGGAGUCUGGAGGCACAGUUCUGAGCACCAACUGGUCUGAUGUUGGCAAAAGGAAGGUAGAAGUAAAUCCUCCUGAUGACAUGGAAUGGAAAAAAUUCUAAUCACGUUUUUAAUCUUUUACCAUCUCUGUGUUGCCAUAGUCAUGUACUGACCAUUGUGUAUGGACAUAGCGUUCUUGGAUUCAAAAGCACUGAAUGUUCCCUUGGAAACAGGAAUUGUCUUUACAUUUUGCGUGCUUUAGAAAUCCCUUCAUCCGCAGAUGUUAAAGAUAUACUCAAGAUUGGAACCCUGUUUUCGUCACCCCUGUGAGAUUUUUGGAAAUUGAGUCCAUCGGUCUAAAUUUUCUACCACCUUUAUCAGCUCUGCUCUUCGGGGAUAGGGUUUUCUCUAAUUGCUGGUCAGGAUUAUUGCCUUAUGCCCGGUAUUUCUGUUCAAUAAAUACCUUAUUAGAUCUUGGCAACUUUGAGUAAAAACACUUUUCAACACCAGUGUUAAAAUUGUUUGCUCUUUAACUCUGCUAAAUAAAACUGUAAAUAUAACUUU